GAGGACCAAGCGGCCGGGCCUGCGUGGGGCCGCGCGCGGCGGCUGCCCAGCCCCGCCAGACGGCGCAGAGCCAUGGCCGAGGCGGCCCCGGCUCCGACUUCUGAAUGGGACUCCGAGUGCCUUACAUCCCUGCAGCCCCUUCCUCUACCCACACCCCCAGCGGCCAAUGAAGCGCACUUGCAGACAGCAGCCAUCUCCCUGUGGACAGUGGUGGCUGCUGUUCAGGCUAUAGAAAGGAAGGUGGACGUGCACAGCCGGCGACUCCUACACCUAGAAGGCCGGACAGGGACAGCAGAAAAGAAGCUAGCCAGCUGUGAGAAGACAGUGACAGAGCUUGGGAACCAGCUGGAGGGCAAGUGGGCCGUGCUGGGCACCCUGCUGCAGGAGUACGGGCUGCUGCAGCGGCGACUGGAGAACUUGGAGAACCUGCUGCGCAACAGGAACUUCUGGAUCCUGCGGCUCCCUCCAGGUAUUAAAGGAGAUAUCCCAAAGGUGCCUGUGGCAUUUGAUGAUGUCUCCAUCUACUUUUCCACUCCAGAGUGGGAAAAAUUAGAAGAGUGGCAGAAGGAACUUUACAAGAAUAUCAUGAAGGGCAACUACGAGUCUCUCAUCUCCAUGGAUUAUGCCAUGAAUCAGCCUGAUGUCUUAUCUCAGAUUCAACCAGAGGGAGAACAUAAUACAGAGGAUCAGGCAGGGCCAGAGGAAAGUGAGAUUCCUGCAGACCCCAGCGAAGAGCCUGGUAUUUCAACCUCAGAUAUUCUGUCUUGGAUUAAACAAGAGGAAGAUCCUCAGGUUGGGGCCCCACAGGAGACCAAGGAGAGUGACAUAUACAAAAGCACCUUUGCUGAUGAAGAGCUUGUCAUCAAAGCUGAAGGCCUUGCGAGAGCCUCCUUGUGCCCUGAGGUCCCAGUCACCUUCUCUUCUCCACCACCACCGGCAGCAAAGGAUGCUUUUUCAGAGGGGGCUUUCAAACACCAGCAGUCUGCACCUGUGGCACCUUUUGGACGUCCAGCCCCUGACCUGCCUGAGGCCUCUGAGGGACAAGUGACUUUCACUCAGUUGGGUAGCUACCCUCUCCCACCCCCAGUGGGGGAGCAGGUGUUUUCAUGCCACCACUGUGGCAAGAGCCUCAGCCAAGACAUGUUGCUCACGCACCAGUGUAGCCAUGCUGGUGAGCACCCCUUACCCUGUGCCCAGUGCCCUAAGCACUUCCCCCCUCAGGCUGACCUUAGUAGCACCUCCCAAGACCAUGCCAGUGAGACGCCGCCCACCUGCCCGCACUGCGCGAGGACUUUCACUCACCCAUCACGACUCACCUACCAUCUUCGGGUUCACAAUAGCACUGAGCGCCCUUUCCCCUGCCCUGAUUGUCCCAAGCGUUUUGCCGACCAGGCCCGACUCACCAGCCACCGACGAGCUCAUGCAAGCGAGAGGCCCUUCCGCUGCACCCAGUGUGGCCGAAGCUUCAGCCUGAAGAUCAGCCUCCUGCUCCACCAGCGCGGCCAUGCACAGGAGCGGCCUUUCUCCUGCCCUCAGUGUGGCAUUGACUUUAAUGGCCACUCGGCCCUGAUCCGCCACCAGAUGAUUCACACAGGCGAACGCCCUUACCCCUGCACUGACUGCAGUAAGAGCUUCAUGCGCAAGGAGCACCUGCUGAACCACCGGCGGCUGCACACGGGCGAGCGGCCCUUCAGCUGCGCUCACUGCGGCAAAAGCUUCAUCCGCAAGCACCACCUCAUGAAACACCAGCGCAUCCACACGGGCGAGCGGCCCUACCCCUGCUCCUACUGCGGCAGAAGCUUCCGCUACAAACAGACGCUCAAGGACCACCUGCGUUCAGGCCACAGUGGAGGCUGCGGAGGUGAUAGUGACCCAUCUGGGCAACCGCCCGACCCUCCUGGUCCCCUUUUACCUGGGCUGGAAACCUCUGGCCUAGGCGUUAACACCGAGGGUCUAGAGACCAACCAGUGGUAUGGGGAAGGAAGUGGAGGGGGAGUUUUGUAAGCCUCUGUGGCUUCAUGGUUAUCUGUACUCACAGCAGGGCAGAACACCCAAGAGAAGGCCCAGGAGCGCCUGUGUCACCCAUGCUAUUGAGUGCAUGAAGGAAUUUGGGGCCCUCUACAUUUGACUAGAAGCAUACUUGUCUCAGAACUUCACAAUAUUACAAGAAACCACGUUUUGAAACCCAGAAAGACCUGGAAAGGAGCCCAACAUCCUCGUCUUUUCAAAGAUGCUACAGAAGCAGAAGUUAGAAUGUUGCAGAGAGCUUGGAAAGCAAGAUUUGGCCUCUGGUUAUCCUGUUGUCUUUUACCACUGAGUAACAGAUUAAUAAUAGUUUGCAUCUCUAGAUAGACAGGUGCAGAGGAAGCACCUCCAAAGCUUAAAGCCCAUCAUGAGACAUGAGAAUGUUUAACUAAAAUCCUUUCAUUCAUUCCUUGAUAGGUAAGAUGGUUAAUGGGAGAAAAUGCUUAAACCACCAUUCAUGUUACUGUUUCCUAUCUCAAAACCAGCUAAGAUCUGUUCACACAUCCCUGUAGCUGCCUUUGCUGAAAUAUAAUAACUCAAGACUGCUUUCCUAGGUUUCCUAAAUUAAUUCUUCUAAUCCAUUGUAUUUAAUAUUGGGUGAAAAAGAAAUUUGACUUUAAAAGCAAGGGGAUCAGUUGUUUUACUGGCUGGAAUUGAAACUUGUAGUUUCUUGCACUUGCAUUUCAUCUGCUAGAAAGCUUUGCCAAGGUCCUGUUUAAAAACUGGGAGCGGCGUUCUCAGCCCUGUCUUUAAAAGCUGGAGAGCCCAGAGGAAUAGCUGGCAUAGCAAUGGCAGCUCAGCCUAAAAUUUGUGCUUGCACCGUGUUUUUAGAGUCAUUUAUGUCAACUUCUCCCUUAUCUUUUCCAAGCCUGUGAGCUUGCUUUUCCGUUUUUGCUCUUUGAUAUUCUUGACAAUCCUCAGCAACAAAGAUCACAGCACUUUCUAAAAGUAUUACGGGGUUUCAGAAAGUGCCAGUGAACCUUCAGCUUUUACUUCCUCGGUAGUGAGAUGAUAAUGGUGUUGAAAUGCAGCUUUCCUGAGCCAGUAUAGAGAGUGUGUGUUCACCCCAUCUGGCUCUGCCCUGUUGGCAGUAGAUUGAGGAACUUCCUAGACCACUGAGAGCUAAGCACCAUCUAUAGAUAAGGACAGCCUGUGCCUGCUUGUUUUGCUUUUAGGGAUCUUGGCUACCAUGUGUUUUCUCUGGGGCAUUCAAUCACCUGGGAGCGUCUGAACCUUUUUCUAUUCCUAAGUGACUUUGCAUCUGGGUAUAAGUUCUUUUCCCUUUAGAGAUCUCAAUUUUUGACUUGCAAAAUGAGGUUGUUGAAAGCAAAGAAAUGAACCUUUAGAAACUGAAAAGAAAGAAAACCUUGUGAUACAUUCCUUCUCCUGCCAAAAUUCUGUCUGUAUCUUUGGCUUCUGUCCACACAAAGCCAAAUAAAACAGCAAAAUCAAAGCAGAGAAUUUCUUGCUGAAACUUGACUGAAAUCAAUUUGAUUUGUUGUUUUGCUUGCAGCCUGAAGUAGGUAGAAGACAGAGUAUGGAGAAGCCUGUGUGUUGGGCAGAAAAAUGAUUUAACCCUGCACUCUCUUAUUUCCCCUGAAUCUUUCCAAGAUGCCUGGAACAAGACUUAAGAAUAUUUAGAUAGGAUACUUUCUUGAUGAAAUGGUAAGGAAGACCCAUUUUUUUUCCUUAUCACCUAGCUCACCAUUCACUCUCCCUGCUACACUAGGAAAAGGUGUUAGCCCAGCUAGCUCUCAUCCUGUCUGCACUUGCUGCUCGUUAGGAUAAUCCCGUCUAUGAAGGAUCUGCUCUGUGACAUUCAUAGUACAGGGGCAACAGGAGAUAUAAGCAUGUGUGUGAGACCUAACUUGCUGUCUUAACUUACAGCCGGCAGGCAAUGAAAAAGUCCAAGGGGACAGAACAAGACAGGUGACAGGCAAUGUUGAAAUAAGGAACUUUGUAGCCAGGAUCUAGGUCCACACCAUGGGAAUCCCAAAGCCAGAGUUCUAGCUUCAUUUGUGACCCCUGAGGAACUUUGAGAUUCAGCUUCAGUUCACACCUUGAUUUCCCCAGUGAAAAGGGGGAGAGUUGGUACUAUCUUGAGGUGGUGAACUCCCUUUCCUGAAUGGAUUUGAGUAUUUGCCACAAUAUGCUGCAGGGUGGAUUCCUACUAGGUGUAAUGAGGGAGUAGGUCACAUCUAAAAAAAUUUUUUUAACUCAAAUAUUUGCUGAGGACACAGGUUUUUGAUGAAAAAGACCUAUGGCAUAAAAUGUUGCAGCUGGAGUUCGUAAUUCCUUCCAUAAGGAAAUAUAGCCAGCAGGAACAUAAACUUCAGCCAAAACAGCACAGGUCAAAUACUAAUGGAGCAAAAACCAUAAAGCUGAAUGAAAGGAAAUGUGCAUGUCAUUCCAAAAUGAUGGAAGGUGGGAUCCUAAUCUUCAACCAUGGUACAAAGUAGGAAGCUCAGCUCUUGUACAUUCUGUUCUGUUCCUUAAUCAGUUCCCUACCAGGUCAAACUCCAGGUAAGCUCCUAGAGUUGGUUUGCCAAGAUUCAGAAGUGGUUAAGUACAGUGGAUUAGUGGUAAAGUCCAGCAAAGCUUCAGCAUGAGGAGAAACCAUUGGCCUCUCAGGUGCUCCUGAGAAAAACCACGCAUUUACCUCUGCAGUUAAAGAAAUACUUGAGGACAAGUUGUCAUGACCAGACAGGGAAGAGGAGAGACCCAGAAAUGGGCUCUUCUCUGUCUACCCUGUGAACUAAGACAUCAGUACUGUCAUACACAGGUCCCUCCAGAUUCACUCCUUGCUUACUAGGAUUUUCAUUGCUACCUUUGGAUGAGCCUCUGGUUCACCCACAGAUGUGAAAAUAAAUGACAGUUGAUUUUUAGAAAGUAAAGUAAGAUGACUCAUCCUUUUCCGCUGGACAUCUGGUGUUGAAAAUGUCUUAGCUGGGCUCUAGUUAGAGGAGUGUUCUACAUAACUUUUCUCAUUAAUAGUGAAGUCCGCAAAACUCCUGUUGGGGGACAGUGCCAGGCUUCUCUUGGGAGCGUUUGUUUAUUUGAGAGGUAGAAUUACAGACAGAGAGAGGGAGAGACAGAUCUUCCAUCCGUUGCUUCACUCCCCAAUAUCUGCAAUGGCCAGAGCUGGUCUGAACCGAAGUCGGAGGCCGAGAGCUUCUUCUAGGUCUCCUACGCGGGUGCAGGGGCCCAAGCACUUGGACUAUCUUCUGCUUUCCUAGGCCAGCAGCGUGGAGCAGCUGGGACAUGAACUGACGCCCUUGUGGAUGCCAACGCUGCAGAUGGAGGCCCAGCCUACUAUGCCACAGUGCUGGUCCCCGUUGGGAGCUAGGUGUCCAUGCCUAUCUUAUCUAGGGCCAGACCCUGUGGCUUACUGGGCAGUGACAGGUGCUCGCUAUCUCAGACCACGGUUGCCUCGUUGAUGUUCCUUUAUCUAUUCAGUCCAAAUAGGAUGGAAAUCCCAAAUUUCUGCUCGGAUUUCCUCUGCGGGGGAGGAUAUCCAUGUCUUAGGAAAUUCCCGCAGUUGCCUGGAGGCUGCUCAGUAACAAGAAGGAAAAGCAAAUCUUUACUUUCCCUGCUCAGCCCAAAAAUAAAUAACAGGCUCACGGAUGAAGACCUCUGAUGGCCACAGGGGUGUGUGUGUGUGUGUGUGAGGGAUGCUUCUUCCCCUGUUCUCUUCACUCUGCUUCUCCAGCAGAGGAGCAGUAUGCUCUUACAGAGGGCAUUCUUUGCAGGCUUUUACAAGCAAAUGGUGCUCAAAUUUGGUCCAAUUGUUGGCAGGAAAUGUGGAUUAGUACAGCUUAUCAGUUACAAGCAAGGACUUGAGUUAGACCUAGAUUCAAGUCCUGACAUCAGAAAUAGCGUGACAUCCAUUAUUUUGCUGUCUUGAGAUUUAGUUUCCUUAUCUGUGAAACAGGGAUAAUGGAAUCUCAAGGGGUGUUAAAGCUUAGGAGGAAAGCUAUGUAAAAUGUUCAGUAUAGAGCUUGACACAUACAAAGUGUUCAGAAUGGUUGCUGUCUGAAAAGAUUUGACAGGACCAACCAGAAGAGAUCAUAAGGUCAGCCUGAAUUGGAGGUAGCAGUUUUUUCUAGAAGCUUACGAUCACCAGUUGUCUCGGCUUUUGUCUCUCUCCUUUUGCUUGCAUUUAACUUGUUCUUUCUGUCCAGCCCUUGUAAAUUUCUGUGUGGCAUAACAUCAUGUGGCUCUGACUCCCUUGUUUCUCCCAGUUCAGAUUCUACACUGAAGAAUCUGGCCCAGCCCUUCUUUCUAUAUCGGAAUGCAGAAAUUCCCAACCAAGCCUUGCAUUGGCUCUCCUUGGAUUACAUGACUUGCAUCGUUCAGUCAGCUGGAGGUAGUAGUGAAUGGCCUGUGGCUCCUGCACUAGGAUUUUUGGGACUGAUAGAUUCACUUGAGAAUGAGCAAACAAUGGCACAAUAUGGCAUUUUCAGUCUACCAAGAUAGAAUCUCUUUAGCCUGUAUCAGGGUUCCUUAAAAGAUUUAUACUUCAGUGGGGCUGGCACUGUGGCAUAGCAGUGCAGGCAUCCCAUGUGGGCGUCUGUUUGAAACCCAGCUUCUCCACUUCCAAUCCAGCUCUCUGCUAUGGCCUAGGAAAGCAAUGGAAGACAGCCCAAGUGCUUAGGCCCCUGCACCCAUGUGGGAGGCUUGGAAGAAGCUCCUGACUCCUAGCUUUGGAUAGGCACAGCUCCAGCCGUUGCAGCCCUUUGAGGGAUGAGCCAUCAGAUGGAAGACUUCUCUGCCUCUACCUCACUGUAAUUGCCUUUC